AUGUGGGAGGACGAUAAUGCCUCACUGGCCGCGUUGUGCAGCGGCACCGAUGGAUCCUCCAUGGACUUCACUCCGGAGCUCCGGCGGAUCGUGUCGAUGAGCGCCACGAGCGGUAAGUACUGGCACGAUUGGCAUCACCUAAGGCAGCUCCUCCAGUUUCGAUUGAACCAAGUCGUCAAGAGGCUCUACCUCGACACCGCGAGCAGCGCUCCCCCCACCAGCAAUGAGGCAAAUGGCGCCGACGGCGAGAAGGCCGUCUACAGUGUCCUCAAGAGGCUCGCGACCCAGCUCGCCUCGUUCGAGGACGCGGCGCCCUUCACGCUCCAGAGAAUCUGCGAGCUGCUGCUGGAGCCCGGCCAGAUCUACUCGACCAUCGACAAGUUUGAGCUCGCGUUUGAGAAGCUGCUGCUCGUGACCUCGACGCUCGAUCCCGUCCCGCCUGAUUCUUAUCCUGCUGGAUUGGCAAUAGCACCAUCGCUAGACGCUGAUGCCAAGAAUGGUGGCGAGCAAAACGAAGAACACAGUGCUACUAAACCAGCAGCCUAG